UUUCUGAAAUCAGAACUUUUGGUUAUAAAAAGCAGACCGUGAAUUCGAGGGUGAAGGUUAGAAUAAUUCGUAAGAGGCAAGGAAGAACACACAGGACCAAUUAAAAACAAAUCCUCAUCCGAUCGACACGUGUCAUCGAAGCGUUCUAGAUUUAAUUGAGCUUGAGCGAUAGUGAAGAGUUUUAGUUCCAAACUAGUUAAGCAAAAAUGGAACUGGAACAAAUGGAAGUGAUCGCAGAUACGACUAGAAAUUUGAAAGCCGGAAUCAUCGACUUUACGGCUGGUUCCCUUGGUGGGGUGGCUUUGGUCUAUGUCGGUCAACCACUGGAUACAGUAAAAGUCAAAAUGCAAACAUUUCCCCAACUUUAUAAAGGGAUGGUAGACUGCUUUAUGACAACAUUAAGACAAGAUGGUAUAAUCAGGGGCCUGUAUGCUGGAACCCUUCCUGCAGUUGCAGCUAAUGUAGCUGAAAAUUCUGUAUUAUUUGCUGCUUACGGACUAUGUCAAAAAACAAUAGCUAAACUGUCAGGUGUUCAAAAGGUGGAAGAUUUGAGUUCACUGGGAAAUGCAGGGGCUGGUUUUUUUGCAGCUUUUUUCUCAUCCCUAUCUCUGUGUCCCACAGAAUUAAUUAAGUGUCAAUUACAAGCCAUGAGAGAAGUCAGCACACAAAAGGCAGCUCCAGGUGAACGUGUUAAUUUUAUUGGACCUUGGCAACUAACGAAACGAAUUAUCCGUGCGGAAGGGCCAGCUGGUUUAUUCAGGGGUCUUUUAUCAACCAUAGCUAGAGAGAUGCCAGGGUACUUUUUCUUUUUUGGUGGUUACGAAGCAACCCGCGAAUUGUUGGCAAAACCAGGUCAAAAUAAGGAAGAUAUCGGCUGGCUAAAUACAAUGAUAGCAGGAGCUGCUGGAGGUGCACUUUUCUGGCUCGUUAUAUUCCCAGCUGAUGUAAUCAAGAGUAGAAUACAGGUUCAAGAUCUGAGACAGCCAGCCUACAUUAUUCUCAGAGAUGUUGCACGAAAUGAAGGCAUUGGUGCAUUAUAUAAUGGUUUGAAGCCAACACUGAUCAGAACGGUUCCUGCCACAUCAACACUAUUUUUGACUUACGAAUAUUCCAAAAAGUUGAUGCAAAGCUACUUUGAUGAUUGAAGGUAAUUAUUAGAAAUUGAAUCUACUAGCACCACUUUUACCUUGUUGCUGCUCAAAAACCUAUGUGAGUAAAAAAAUAUCCAAGUUUGCAAAAAGAAUCGCAUUUUCUAUCAGAGGCCGAGCAUUGCGUUACUUACGCGUGUUUUGUCGAUAUUUGUUGUUUAUCUGUACGGUUAGAUUCGAAAUAAAAUAACUCGUUUAUAAUUUGAAA